AUGGCGGCAGUGAGACCCCCAUUAACAGACAUUGACCCCGAGUCAGAACUGUAUCAGGAUGCGGUGGCUCAGGGCACCAUAGCCAAGGCCCGCUAUGAAAAGGAAGAAGAUAUUUCCAAGCACAUCAAAGACUUCUUCGACGCCAAAUACUCCCCCAACUGGCACUGCGUCGUGGGAAGAGAUUUUGCAAAUUGUUCUUCUUGCGAACACAAAACAAAUAUCUUCUUUUAUGUGGGGCAAAUCGCCAUUCUCCUGUACAAACUUGGGUAG